AUGCUAUCAUCGUCAACGGUAUUAGUGCCAGCUAAGGGUAAAACCGCGUCGGUGUGUAAGUCUACGAAUGUGUUUCACGCAGUGCAAGAUCAGAACAGCACGGGCUGUACAUUUUGUAACGGGCCACACAAAAUAUACAGUUGUGAAAAAUUCCGGGACCUUGACGCAAACGGUAAAUCGAAACUUGUGAGAGAAUCGCGCGUGUGUAUGAACUGCUUGAGUUCAGGCCAUUAUAAGGCAAAGUGUAACAGCACAUCUGCAUGCAGGAUUUGCCAUCAACGCCAUCACACGCUGUUGCAUAAUACUGCCGCUACAACUAACGCUACAACCGUUGCUCAUUUCGUCAACAGCGCCUCUCUUAGGCCUUUCUCCCCCGCCGCAGCCGUCAUGCAUCAAACGAACGCAACCGUUUCAUCCGCUAACGGUCCUUCCACAGACAUCGCUGCUGCCUGUACGUCUUCAUAUUUGAAUGCCAAUCCCAACCAGCCUCAUCCAAGAGAAAGGACUGUGCUGUUGGCAACCGCCUUGGUACGCGAUUGCUCUGGUCAUUGGAAACCCGCUCGCUUGCUGUUUGAUUCUGGUUCGCAUGCUUCCUUCGUAACCGAGUCAUGUGUACAACGCUUGGGAUUACCGCGAAGAGGGUCCGCAAUAUUGAUUUCUGGAAUUGGUUCCUCCCAAGGGAUACGCUCUAGAGGUGAAGUAUUACUUUCAUUAUCAUCUCAUUUUUCAGCCCAAUGCUUUACUGUUGACGCAUUGAUUCUGCCUAAAAUCACAAGUGAUUUGCCAACACAGCCCUUGAAGGUGUCGGCGUGGCCGCACAUACAAGAUCUACUUUUAGCCGAUCAGCACUUCAUGAAACCCGGGCGUAUCGAUAUCUUGGUCGGAAUGGACGUCAUGGGACAGCCCCUCUGCUCGGAGAUUCGUAAGGGGCCACCCGGUACGCCCAUGGCUCAACGAACGGUUUUCGGUUGGACACUCUUUGGAAAUGUCGAUGGAUCCGAAUCCACUUCGCUCGGCUUACAGUCUCUGCAUUGUGAAGUUCAUUUAGAUCGAGCGCUCACUAGACUUUGGGAGUUAGAAGAAGCACAGAAAAAGGCCUACCUCACCUACGAAGAACGCUAUUGUGAAGAGCUUUUCAAAAAAACGCACAGAAGGUCACCUGACGGUCGAUUUAUAGUAGAGCUGCCGCUGAAAUCUGACGUACCCUUGGGAGCAUCACGAAGUUAUGAUGUUCGAAGUCUACUAAGCAUCGAAAAAAGACUUGCGCGAGAUGACGACCUACGCCAACGCUACAAUGAGUUCAUGCAAGAACUCAUCGACAUGAAGCACAUGGAACUUGCACCACCGCCAACGGAUCAAACGUUCUAUAUGCCGCAUCACCCCGUUGUAAAAGAGUCAAGAGUCACGACUAAAUUGAGAGUGUUCAAUGCGUCCGCCAAAACCACCACCGGGAAUUCGUUGAACGAUGCCUUAUUUGUUGGUCCCCAAUUGCAACCUGAUUUAUAUUCAAUUUUAACCCGUUUCAGAACACAUCGCUACGCAGUAACCGCGGACAUCGCGAAAAUGUACCGCCAAAUAUGCAUGUCCACGAAAAACCUCGAUCUACAACGCAUUGUCUGGCGUCGUGACCCGACGUUACCCAUAAAGGAUUAUCGCAUGUUGCGCGUUACUUAUGGUGUUGCCGCUGCGUCGUACUUAGCCGUUAAAUCGCUACAACAAACCGCAAAAUAUUCGUCACACAUUUGUGAGAAGGCUGCUGCCGUCAUCCAUAAGGACUUUUACAUGGAUGAUCUCCUCACUGGUGCGUCUUCUAAAGAAGAGCUGCUAUGUUUACAACGAAACGUCUCCGAAAUACUGAAGGAAGGGGGCUUCGAACUUCGAAAAUGGGCGUCUAAUUGUGCGGAACUUUCUGAAAAUGUUUCGAAUGCAUCGGAAAAUAUAUCACACUACCUAGUCGAUAGUAAAGAUGUCCAUGCCUUGGGCCUGAUAUGGAAUACAGUGGAGGACUACUUCACGUUCUCAGUUAAUCUGAAUCAACCACCCACUGUUUUAACGAAGAGAACCUUCUUGUCUGAUGCUAGCACGCUUUUCGACCCACUGGGUCUGCUCGCUCCAGCGACCAUAAGGUCAAAAAUGUGGUUUCAGGAGAUCUGGCGUAUGAGUGUCGGUUGGGAUGACGUUGUUCCAGACUGCAUCGCAGCACAGUGGCGACAACAUCGCUCGGAAUUACUACUGCUAUCGAGUUUGAAGAUAAGUCGCUGGUUUGGCUCAGGAGCAGGUGAGUCGUUCACUGAGCUACAUAUUUUCGCUGACGCUUCCGAACGCGCUUACGCGCUUAAUGUACGCGCGCACAUUACACAACGACGGCAGUAUUACUGUUGUGCUGAUCUCGUCGAAGACUAA